AUGGUAGUUUGGAGGUCUCCAUCAGCAAAUAUCACACAAAUAAAAAUGAUGGAUUCAUUGGAAGCUUUAAAAGAAAUUGAAGGUAUGACGAGUCUCGCAGAAAAAGAAAUUAAGGAGAUAUCAAUGAUUGCAUGGAAGAAUGCACAUGAUAUGAGGCCUGUAACCCUUGCUGCACUCGCAAACAGUAAAACUUCAAGACCCCACAAUACGCUUAGCAAAAUGAGAUAUAGAAAUAUGACAAGUGCAGCGAAAUCGUUAGAUAUAUUAAGACAAAAUUUGCAGGCUGCUAUCAAUAAAGAAAUCGAUUUAGUUAUAAAGAAGUAUUUAGAGAAAUUUUUUCAGCCUGCUGUAAGAAAUAUCCGCGAGAAUCUUGGCGCAGGAAGCGUGACAGAAGACCUGAUUAGAGAAGUAUGCAGGGCUAUGCUUGAAGAAGCAAAACAGAUGUAUUGCUCUGUUACACUGCACAAGAGCACUUCCCCCCCCGCAGACACUGAGUUCCAAACACCAGAUCAAAUCUCAAUGAGAAAAAGAAAGGCUUCUGAUAGCGAAAGAGAAAUCCCAGAAAGGAGCAGGGCCUAUCCUCCUUUUAUCAAAUGGGAUCCAUCCAGGGUUAAUAAAGACACUCAGUUCAUCCUAUCAACGACCGCGUCCAAGAUUCUAGGCUACAUGUCCUUGAAGGGUCGCAUGGGCCUAAAAAAUCCUGAUCUGGUGAAGUACAUGGUCGACCAGGACGACCGUGAAUGGUUGACGACAGCAGGUAUACCAGGGCUAAUGCAAGGCACGCCAAAUGUGGCACUUUUUCUUCUAGAAGAUAUUGUUCAACUAGCUAAUUUUGAAGAAUAUAGGAGUAAUGCGUUACUACAUGCACACGAGUUGAAGGGUUUUGUAUUACCUGAUUUUAUUCAGCGGAAAGUUAGAGCUUACAUGACUUUAAUGAGGACUAAGUACAUAGAACCUGAGGUGACGGCGCCUCUUCCUUCACCUCCGCCAGAUCCUCUAGAGAGGAUUUCACCACAUUUCCUCGACGAUAUACCUCUUGCUUAUGAUGAAUUACAUCUCCUGGAUUCAUCGGAGUCGACAUUACAAGAGCUAUCCCCUUCCAUUAGUGAAGAUGCGAUAUUUGGCCUUAAUUGUAUAGAUCCAUGUAACACAUUACAAUCAGUAGAAGAAAAUCAACCAACAAUACAAAUGAGUGUUGGUGUUGGUGUUGAAUGCUUACCAUCCAUCAUAACACCAUUAGCGAUGCUUGAAACAGGUGGCCUGGUAGAACUGGAACCAUCAUUCAUGGCAAUCAGGGGAGGAGAAACUGAGGAUUAG